AUGGAAACCAGUGGCGGUGUUAGCGGCGGCGUUACAGUGGUCGGAUCGGAUGCUCCGUCGGACUACCAUGUAGCUCCGAGGACCGACAAUCCGGCUCCGACCGGUGGAUCCACCACGCAGAUUCCGGCGACGGCGGGGAGUGCUCCGCCGCCGUCACACCCGCCACACGCGGCGGCGAUGGAGGCGUCUCCGGCGACUAUGCCGGCGAAGAAGAAGAGGGGUCGGCCGAGAAAGUAUGCACCAGACGGGUCGGUGACCAUGGCGCUGUCUGCAAAGCCAAUAUCUUCUUCGGCCCCGUUGCCGCCGGUGAUCGAUUUCUCGGCGGAGAAGCGCGGAAAAGUAAAGCCAAAUAGCUCGCUGAGCAAAGCCAAGUUUGAGUUGGAGAAUUUAGGAGAAUGGGUUGCAUGCUCAGUUGGUGCUAAUUUUACACCUCAUAUCAUCACUGUUAAUUCUGGGGAGGAUGUUACUAUGAAGGUAAUAUCAUUUUCUCAACAAGGGCCUCGAGCUAUAUGCAUUCUUUCAGCUAAUGGUGUCAUAUCAAGUGUCACACUUCGUCAGCCUGAUUCUUCUGGGGGCACAUUGACAUAUGAGGGUCGAUUUGAAAUUCUGUCUUUAUCUGGCUCAUUCAUGCCGAAUGAAAGCGGAGGAACACGUAGCAGAUCAGGUGGCAUGAGUGUUUCUUUAGCAAGUCCUGAUGGACGUGUUGUAGGUGGAGGAGUAGCUGGUCUGUUAGUGGCUGCAAGUCCUGUGCAGGUAGUGGUAGGAAGUUUUCUGGCAGGAAACCAACACGAGCAGAAGCCAAGAAAACAGAAACAUGAGGUAAUAUCCACUGCAACACCAACUGCAGUUGUUCCCAUCACUACUCUUGAUCCAAUACCUAUUCUAUCGUCAGCUUCAUCCAUCCGCGGAGAAAAUUGGUCUGCUAUGCCGGCGGAUGCCAAGAAUAAGCCGGCCGACAUUAACGUGUCCCUUCCUGGAGGGUAAUUUAUAGGCCUUGAACUUGAUCCAUCUGAAUUUAUAUUUGCUGCUGACAACAUUGUAAUAGGAUUCCUAGUUGUUGGCGUGCUUUCCCUUGUUUGUUGUGUCUGUAAGCUUGUUGACUGUGUAUCGGGACCAUCAUGUUUUCAG